AUGAAAGCGCGCAGUCGCGCUGCAUCUAAGACCAAGAUUGAAGCCCUGACGGCCAAAUGGCAGCCUCACUGGGACAGGCUGGCCGCCAGUGGGCAGGACCCAGAGCCGACCCAGGGCAAAGCAUACGUUCUGCCCAUGUUCCCAUACCCGUCGGGCACGCUGCAUUUGGGCCAUCUGCGCGUGUACACCAUCUCUGAUGUCCUGGCCCGCUUCAUGCGCAUGCAGGGCUACAAGGUCCUGCACCCUAUCGGCUGGGAUGCAUUCGGUCUGCCCGCCGAAAAUGCUGCCAUGGAACGUGGCGUUCAUCCGGAAAAGUGGACGCUGCAGAACAUUGAGGCUAUGAAGGCGCAGAUGAUGGUCAUGGGCGGUCGCUGGGACUGGGACGCCGAAAUUCGAACAUGUGAUCCCGACUUCUACAAGCACACGCAGCGAAUCUUCCUCAUGCUCCACGAACGCGGCCUGGCCUACCAGGCCGAAUCCCUCGUUAACUACGAUCCUGUCGAUAAGACCGUCCUCGCCAACGAACAAGUCGACGCCAACGGCUGUUCCUGGCGGUCAGGUGCGAAGGUGCAGAAGCUCAUGCUCAAGCAGUGGUUCCUGAAGAUCAAGGAGUUCCAGGAGUCCUUGCUCAACGACCUUGACACACUGGCUGAGAACGGAAGAUGGCCGGAGAAGGUGCUUGCUAUGCAGAGGAACUGGAUCGGCAAGUCCGAGGGCACAAAGCUCUGGUUCGACAUCGAAACCAAGAAUGGUCAUGUGCAGUUCGACCCGGUCGAUGUCUUCACCACACGAGCAGAUACCUUGUUCGGUGUGCAGUACAUUGCCCUUUCGCUGAGCCAUCCCACUGUCCAGCGUUUGGCUGCAGACGACGAAUCGCUCCGAGCCUUUAUCUCACGUGCAAAGGACCUCCCUCUCGAUACCAAGGAAGGCUAUCGUCUACCGAACGUUGUCGCUCGCAACCCGCUCGCUCAGGUUACAGGCGCUAGUGACUCCGCCGUUCCCAUCUACGUCGCUCCUUAUGUGCUCGACGACUACGGCUCAGGUGCGGUCAUGGGUGUGCCGGGCCACGACACCCGUGAUCAUGCCUUCUGGAGAACCAAUGCUGGAGAUGAGCCCAUCAGGGUGGUCGUAACUGCGAAAGCAGGCGCUCCAGCUCCGCAAUUGCUGUCCGGCAGUAGAGACGACCAGGUUAUGACUGCAAGAGGGUUCCUCGCUUCUGACAUCCCUGAAUUCGCGAACCUGCCCUCAAAGAAAGCCGUGAAACUCAUGGUCCAGAGGCUCCAGGAGUCAGGGCAGCGCGCGGAGCAGACUGCGAAUUGGCGUCUUCGCGACUGGCUUAUCAGUCGACAGCGAUACUGGGGCACGCCUAUACCCAUCAUUCAUUGCCGAUCUUGUGGUCCAGUGCCUGUUCCUGUCACAGAUCUCCCAGUUGAACUGCCGAAUCUACCUAGCAGCUUCUUCCAACGAAGGUCUGGUAACCCCCUCGCUGAAGAUGAGAACUGGAAAAAGACGUCAUGUCCCAAAUGUGGCUCAGCAGCCGAACGCGAGACUGAUACUAUGGACACCUUCAUGGAUUCGUCCUGGUACUUCUUCAGGUUCUUGGACCCAAAGAAUGCUUCCGCCAUGGUAGAUCCUCAGAAGGCGAACGAAGGAAUGCCAGUCGACCUCUAUGUUGGCGGUGUUGAACAUGCCAUCUUGCACCUCCUGUACGCUCGGUUUAUAUCGAAAUUCCUUGCUACGACACCCUCAUGGUCAAAUGGGCACUUGGUGAAGGGUGAGCCGUUCAAGCAGCUCAUCACACAAGGCAUGGUACACGGAAAGACUUUCACGGAUCCCGAGAGUGGACGAUUCUUGAAGCCUGACGAAGUCGAUACAACAUCCCAAAAUCACCCCAGGAUCAAAGCAAGCGGCCUGACCCCAAACGUUAGCUUUGAGAAGAUGUCCAAGAGCAAGUACAAUGGCGUCGAUCCAGGGGCCACGAUCGCCCAGUAUGGCGCCGAUGCCACACGUGCGCACAUGCUGUUCCAAGCGCCCGUUACUGACGUACUUGAAUGGGACGAGAAGAAGAUCACUGGUGUUCAACGCUGGCUUCAGCGAGUUGUUCGACUAUCCAGCGCAUUCUGGUUCCCUGACCAAGAAUUGGAGAAGUUCCGGAUACCGAAGAACAUCGACGAACAUCUCCAUGGCAUUGUCGAUCGCUAUUAUCAGAUCAAGAAGAAAGGAGCCAAGCUUGAGAACCAAGCAGAGCUUAUUGCUACGCUUGAAGUUGACGAAGCUAAGCUAUGGACCAAGACUCAGCAGACUAUCGCGAGUGUCACCGAGUCCUACUCACAGUCCUACUCUCUGAACACUAUCAUCAGCGACCUUAUGACUCUGACUAACCUCAUCUGGGACGCACACCACUCCUCCGAGCUCAUGGGCUGGCUGAAGUGGUCCGCUACCGUACAUCUCAUCCGCAUGGUCGCUCCAAUCGCCCCAGGCGUAGCCGAGGAAGCAUGGCACAAUCUGUACACUCACACCCGCCAUCCCGGUGAGCGCACCGCCUUCGCUCCGUCUGUGUUCACCUCUGGAUUCCCCACCGCAGACGUCGAAAUCAUCCCGCACCUCAACCCUUUCAAGACCUGCGUGGUGCAAGUAGAUGGCAAGCGAAAGUUCGAAGUCGAGAUCCAAAAGGCUCCCGCUGAGCGUCCGCAUGGCCUGAAAGCAAGAGAUGCUCUUGAGGUUGUAGAGCAGAUUGCUCAGACGCCUGAGGGCAAGGAAUGGCUGGAUAGAGAUGCUGGCAAGUUGUGGGCGAUGAGUGACACUAAGGAGGAGCAUCCGGUCCAUCCUGACAUGCCGAGCGAUUGGAAGGUUGUCAUCGUUGGGGGUAAGCUUGUUAACUUCGUCAGCCCGAAGAAGCCUAAAGCCAAGAAAGCUACGGAUGGGCAAACGUAG